AGCUCCCAGCCCAGCGCGUUUCUUUACUACAACCUCUUCGUUGCUGUCUGCUGUUUGAUCUCUCUCUGUUACAGUCGUUAUACGCCCGUCGUUAUCUACGAGAAUGCUGGGAUCAAAGUGCGCUGUGCGCAUUGCUGCUGUAUUGUUAUUGAGUUGGGUUUGUGGUGCCGCACCUGUUGAGCGGACGCGUGGGGCAGUCGUCGAGGUCGAAGCUCCGAAAGAGAAGGAAGGAGCCGGGAGUCCAGCGAUGAAGUUAUCGAGACGAUAUGUCGACCCUUCAUCCCUGCCACCACUCGGCCGCCUUUCAAAACGCGCCGAAUCAUCAAAUACGAAUACAACGACCGGCCAAGCCUCCAUCCUCCACUCCCUCGCUUUCUACCUCGAAAUCGGCAUCGGAACCCCCUCUCAACCUCAAAUCCUCCUCCUCGAUACCGGAUCGUCUGAUCUCCUAAUUUUCGACGCGACAUCAAACCAAUGCCUCGAAAGCGAGUACGGGUGUAACGGCGGUUUCAACACCUCGCUGUCCUCGACAUAUGUGAACGCGACGGAUACGUUUACGAUUGGGUAUGCGAACGUCUCGAACACGGCACAGGGGUAUUUCAUGAAUGAUACGGUCCAUAUCGCUGGGUUAGAGGUGGAGAGUCAGCGGAUUGCGUUAGUUACGGAUGCGCUGCUUGACUACGAUGUACAAGGUGUCCUGGGUCUCAAUUUUGCCUCCAAAAGCCAGGCGUUAGAAAAGGAGCCGGGGUUGCUCGAGAAUAUGUUUGAGCAAGGUCUCAUGGGUGGGACGCAACUGUUCUCGAUUUAUCUGGGUCCGAGGAAUGGGGAUGAGUCAAAUGGGACGAUUGCAUUUGGGGAGAGUGAGCCGGAGGUGUAUACGAGUACGGGCGAGUUGGGUUGGAUCCCCUUUGCGCGGGAGGAUGAUUUCUACGUCACGGUUGGGGGAGUGAAGGCGGCGAACGGCACCAAACUCUCGACGGGAAAUUUCACUGCGAUUUUGGAUGCGGGAACCAUUCCGAUUAUUCUCGCGGAUGAGCUCGCUGAUGCGGUGGCGGGGAGUAUCGAUGUGGAUGCCGAAUACGAAGAAUCCUUGCCGGGAUAUCUAGUCGAUUGCGCGUAUCUCACGAAAAGGACAACUUAUCUGACAUUCUCUCUUCCAACAAACGACAGCUCAACUCUCACCCUCAAUAUCCCCUACUCCGACCUCAUCCGCAACACCUCCUCCUCCACCUCCAACAAAUGCACCCUCGACAUUCUCCGCUCCUCAUCGUAUGACAUCGGACAGGUGCUCGGCGAUACAUUCCUCUCCUCGACCUACGUCUCGUUCGAUAUGACGAAUCAGCUUGUGGGGAUGGGACAGGCGGUACAUGUCAGGCCUGUAAGGAGGGUUACGUUGGGGCAGUUGGUUGGCGGGGUUCAAGCGUGGUUGACGGGGUGGAUUGCGUCGUUGAAAGGUGGGGUCGUAAGGGGGAAUGAAGGGUUGGAGAGGGCUACACAGUGAUGGACAUUGGCGGAAUGGGUGAACUCGGGCUCUGCGGGACGGAGCGGAACUUGGACUGACAAUGGGUACCGGCGUUUCUUCUUGAUAUUUAUUCUCUAGGGUAGUUUAUUGUUCUUUACAUCUCAAUUUCCCCAGAGUUCCCCAGCAUCGGCUGUCGCACGCG